AUGGUCUCUGAAUCCCAUCCACGAAAAUCCCCCUCGGCGCCUGAGUGUUUCAGAACCGCUUUAGGCAAGCGUCCUUUGUAUACGACCAAUGUCGACGGGGACGAGGAGAACCGUCGGAAAGAUCCGAAAAUUAGUAGGGCUUGUGACAUCUGUAAGAGAAAGAAGAUACGGUGCGAUGGCAUACUUCCAUGCAGCAAUUGCGCUAAGAGAAAGCUCCAUUGCGCUUAUGACGCAAAAUAUGGCCGAGGGCGGCCUCCAACUCCUCCACCUUCAACCACAAUCAAUGAACGCCAACAAAGACCACGAAGUGAUAGCUUAAACGACCUUUGUAUCUGGCAGCAACCAGCACCUGUUGCUCAUGAUUUCCUGUCCUCACAAGUGCUUUCUCGCCCUUCGCCUGAAAUCGAAAUCGAGGGCCAAUAUGUUGACCCUACCUCGGGAUUGAACUUUUUACAUCGAGCGUGGAAGAAGUUGUUGACACAAAAGGAUGAAUCUGCAUCAUAUGACCCGAAUGAUAUGGAGCGAAAUCAACUUCUCACUUCGGCCGGAGACCGUCCGUUUCACGUCGAAAAUAGCGCAUCAGAUGGCUUCAUCCCAGAUGCCGCCACAGCGAGAAAGCUACAGGAGUUCUAUUUCGAAACGUGUGUUGUGACCUACCGUAUUUUCCACCGACAAACGGUUGAAGGCUGGAUGGAGAUGUUCCUGAGAGAUCGACAGUUAGGAAAGCCGAUUGCUCAGUCCAUUGGUAAUUCCAGGGCUGCGAUUCUUCUUACCAUCAUGGCUAUUGCGACCCUGCGCCUUGAGAAAGUGCAUGGGGAAAUGUCCACGGAAGAUGAGUCACUUGUUCUGCAACGCUGUGACGACUUGUUUUGUGCUGGUAUGAGAUUGACCGAAAUGGAGAUGGGGUUCCCUCGUCUUGAAUCAGCGCAGGCACGUCUCAUUCAAGUCCUCUACCUUCUUCAAACAGCUCGUAUGAAUAAAGGCUGGUAUACAUUUGGGAAUGCAUUCCAUAUCACUCUCUCCUUAGGUAUGCACAGGAAACGCGAUCAAAAGCGAGACUUUCCAUUCACGAGUAAGCGACAAAAUUACAUUACUUCAGAGUGCUAUAAACGCACCUUCUGGGUAGCUUAUAUCAUCGACAAAUACCUUAGUGUUGUAUUUGGGCGGCCUCGGCUUUAUCAAGAUGGAGAUAUUGAUCAGAACUUUCCAGAUAAUAUCAACGAUGAGGACAUGACGCCGCAGGGACCUUCCAUCUCAGAUGACCCAGCUGAUUGUUAUAUUGAUGCUCUCAUAUUUCAUGCAAAGUACAUGUCUGCCUACUAUGACAAUAUCACUCUGCUAACAGUCAGCGACCUGUCCAACCAAGAUCGCUUAGCAGCUGCCCAUCGAUCUAGCCGCGAACUACAUGAAUGGCAUGCGAGUCUGCCACCACACUUGGGUAUUGUGAAACCGUCAACAUUGGUCCCCAGUUUCCGGCGUCAAGCCAUCGCCUUGCAGCUCGCGUAUUCCCAUGCCCUCAUUCACACCAAUCGGCCGUUCCUUUUGACUGGAGGAGGGUCUGAGAAUGUCAUUGAAUGCAUCUCUGCCACCAAGGCUAGUUUAGAGCUCGUCAACAGAAUGGCUGGGGAUAAUACGCUUCUUCAUUCUUUCUGGUGGACACACUAUGUCAUCUUCUGCGCACUAGCAGUGGUCUAUGUUUGGGAAAUUCAGCGAACUACAAGACCCACGGAUGAGAUUGAUAGUCAGUCUGUAGGUAAGAUGUUUGAUCUCGCAGAGAAAUGCCAUGGUCAUCUCAAGCGAGCGUCUACCGGUCUAUCGCAGAACAAACGAUACAGCAUCAUACUGGACGAACUGAGAUCCGAGGCCCAGAGAUGUCGAAUGGGAAAUCCGCCACAUCCAAACCAAGGUGGCCGUCCCAAUGGCGAAAACAACGCCAACACCGAUACUGGAUUUCCAUUCUUGCAAGAUUCGGAUAUGUUCGGGUCUGCGAGCGCUCAGGAAGAGAUCAUGCCGAAUAUAUUGGAUAGUUUUCUGUUCAGCGACUGGCAGACACUUGAUUCCUCGGCCAUCUUCCCAUUUCCUGACCCAAAUUCCGUUUCUCCGACAUAUUUCCCCGCAGUUCCGUGA